UGUGGCGACCUCGGAUUAGUGAAGAGACUAAGCCGAAAAUGAAUGAAUGAAUGGUCAGACAAAUAAAAAUGUGUCACAAAACCCACAUUUCCAUGGACUGUAUUGUGUAUGGUCUGUAUUUAUGGGUCUGUUAUAAUUAUAUGGGUCUAUAUAUAUUGUUAUAAGGUCUAUUAUUGAUGCUUUACAGAUCACAUUUUCAAGAAGAUUCACAUUUAUUAUCAGUUUAUCAACCUAUGCAUGCAUUUUUGACAUUCUAAGGCCCUACUAUUUCACCAAAAUACAAUAGAGCAGAGUUUUCUCAACCACGCUCCUGUCAGACCACCAGCUCUGCACAUUUCCCAUGUCUCCUAAACCAAACACACCUGAUUCAUAUUAUCAGCUCAUUAGCAGAGACUGAAAGAACUGUAGUGGGUGUAACAAACAAAGGAGUCAUUCAAAAUAUGCAGUGUUGGUGGUCCUUUAGGUACGUGGUUGAGAAACACUGCACUUUUUGGCUUUCCCUUGUCUGUCACUCAUUUAUUUUUGACUUUUCUAUGUUUUUAGUGAUGUCAUCCUCUACCCCGUUCCUGUCCGAGGAGCUGUUCCAGUGCUCAGUGUGUCUGGAUGUCUUCACCCAUCCCGUGUCUCUCCCGUGUGGUCACACAUUUUGCCAGUCAUGCGUCCUUGCCCAGUGGACAGCAUCUGGCUCCUCCCAUUGCCCCAAAUGCUCCGCAGUUUUCCAGGAAACUCCAGAUCUCUGUGAAAACUCUUUCGCUCGUGAGAUGGCAGAGCAAAUCCGUAAGCAGAAGGGUCAGACUCAGAAGUCGUCUCGUCCAGUCAAAGCAAAGGUUGUUUUUUGUGACAUGUGUCCACUGGAGAAGGCGUCUCAUGCUGUGAAAUCAUGCCUGGUGUGUGUGGCGUCAUACUGCGAGGCGCAUGUGACGUCCCACACCUCCAGGUUCACCAAACACACACUGGUGCAGCCGCAGAGCAUGGACAAACGGAUCUGUAGGAUACAUGAAAGACCGCUGGAGCUUUAUUGUAGAUACGACCAAUCCGCAAUUUGCGUGUUGUGUAUGAAUGCAGAACACAACACACACCACAGCGUACCCGUGGAGAGAGAAUGGAUGGAAAGAAAGACUCAGCUAUCAAAGACACAGACUGAUCUGAAGCGGAUGAUUAUGGAGAGAUGGAGUAAAGUGGAGGAUCUCAGACACUCUAUAAAACUAAGCAAAGAGAACACAGAAAGAGAGAUGGCACACAGUGUUGAGGUGUUCACCACACUGCAGCAGAUCAUUGAAAAGAGUCAGAAGGAGCUGCUCAGAAAGAUGAAACACAAGCAGAAAAGUGCUGAGAAACAUGUAGAGCGCCUCAUUAAAGAGCUGGAGGUGGAGAUCGCUAAACUGAACACCAGAAACUCUGAGCUGGAGAGGCUUUCUAGUUCUGAAGACCACCUCUGCCUUAUACAGGCUUUCCCUACCCUAAGUGAGGUGCCACACUGUAAAAGCUGGUCUCAGAUCAGUGCUCACACCUGUGAGGGUCUGGAAUUGCUGAGAGAAACCCUGAAUGCAGCAGAAGAACUUCUGAAAACACAAAUACACUCAGCCACAAAGAGAGAACUUGAGGCCAUAUCUCAGUAUGCAGUGGAUUUGACCCUUGACCACGACACAGCAAACUCCUGGUUGGCGGUGUCUGAGGACAGGAAAAGUGUCAGUGAUGGCAACGUAGAACGCAACUUUCAGAACAACACUCAACGUUUUGACACGGCACCAUGCAUCCUAUCCAAAGAGCCUAUCUCAAGGGGAAGGAGUUACUGGGAAGUAGGAGUCUCAGGCAAAACAGCAUGGGAUUUGGGAGUGGCCAGGAAAUCAGUCAACAGAAAGGGUUUGGUGACUCUGAGUCCUGAGGAUGGUUACUGGGCGGUUUGUCUGAGAAACGGCUGCGAGUACAGGGCCUGUAACCGUGAAUCAGAGCUUCUGUCACUAAAGUCUCUUCCACAGACAAUUGGGAUAUAUGUGGACUUUGAAAAUGGACGGGUUUCUUUUUAUGAUACAUGUGCAUGUGGACAUAUCUACUCAUUCACUGGGCAGCGCUUUACUGAAAGCUUACUGGCCUACUUCAACCCAGACAUGAAUGACACAGGAAAUAACAAUGCCCCGCUGGUUAUACAACCUGUCAGGGUUGACAGUGGGGCAAAGAUAUAUGAUACUGUGACAAUAUGAAGGAUGAAAAUCAACAAAAAUACAGCAAUGUAACAGCAAAUAUUGCGCAACAUAAAAGAAAUGAUAUGGAGUAAUGAUGACUGUUAAUCUGUACAUAUAUAUUUAACUGUAAAUCCAUGUGCAUCCAAUGAAAACGCAACAGAAAUUAUUUCACAUAAAUGUUUUAUUCCUAGGAAAAUGUAUUUCCAAAUCACUUAUAAUUCAAUACCGAUUUCACAUAAAUGUCUUCUAUUUACAGAUGCAAACAAACAAGCAAACAAACAAAAAAAACAUCUUUGUGGGGACCUGCCAUAGUGUUGCUUUUUUAUACUAACAUAGCGAUAGUUGUUUAGGUGCCUAGCAAAUGACUCCUAAACUCAACUAUCAACCCUCAGAGAAAUGUCUUCAUUUAUUGAUGAGUAUUGAUAAAUAAAUGGCCACACAAUGCCACAAUUUUC